AGUCUGUUUGUUUACAUUUUCAAAAGCCUCGAACAUAAUUUUGCGUUCGUGCGAGAAUUCAGAACUUAUUAGUUUACAAGUUUUAGUUUUAGAUCCAGUUUUAUAUAGUAAUACAGUGGAUUACUUUACUCGUUAUUGUAGCUUACUAAACCGUAGGCCUGCUCAUCCACAAUGGAACCAAUGAAACCAAUUUUCAACUACACCCUUGAUAAUUCAAAGCUGACCCUUGAACAAAGAGAAUUCUAUGAAAAAAAUAGUUUUCUUGUUGUCAAGGAAUUAGUUGAUGCAAAAUUUCUGGAUAACUGCAAGCAAAGAUUUGUGGACUUGUGCGAUAAAAAUGUACCAUGGGGUUCACUUAUCAUGAUGGACAUUUCCUUGAUAAAGAAGGGUGCUGUCGUAGAAAAUCUCUUCUAUAAAGUCCAGGAUUUGUGUAUGACGAUGUUCUGUUUGAAUACUGCAGACAUCCAACUAUCCUGGAUUAUGUUGAAUGUUUUACUGGGCCCAACAUUAUGGCUAUCCAUACAAUACUUAUCAAUAAACCACCUGAUUCUGGAAGCCUUACUUCCCUUCAUCCCUUACACGGAUCUUCAUUAUUUCCCUUUCCGCCCGGCUAAUAGAAUCGUUUGUUCUUGGACGGCUAUGGAAGACAUCACACCCGAGAACGGAUGUUUGAUUGUCCUUCCUGGAUCCCAUACAGGAGAAUUGCUUCAGCACGACUAUCCUCAAUGGGAGAACGGAGUAAACAAGAUGUACCGCGGCGUACGGGGUUACGACGACCACCCGAUUGUCGAAUUAUCGAUGAAAAAAGGGGAUACGGUUUUCUUUCACCCCAUUUUGAUCCACGGUUCGGGUCCUAAUCGGACUCAAGGCUUCCGCAAAGCUAUUUCUACUCACUACAGCUGCGCUGAAAUGAAAUUCAUCGACAUUCGAGGCACGUCGCAGGAAAAUAUCGCCAAAGAAGUUGUGGAGGUGACGAAACGUCGCGGACCUGAACUCAAUUUUCAGGACUUUUAGAAAUUCCGCAGUCGACUUGUACGAGGCCACCAGCCAGUAAAGUGGUUCAGUUCCCUGUGAUGACGACCUUGAAUCAUUUUGAUAUUAUAGUUUGCGCAAUACUCUUUCCAGCACAAAUUAACUUUUGGCCUUAUUCAAUCAAUCUCAUUUAUUUUUUACUUCUAGCUCUACUGUUAACGGGUAUCUAUCAGCUGCUGAUCGGAUUGCAGUUGUGUUUCGAUAAUACAAUUUGUAAUCAAGCUGCAAUUACCCGAAAUUUUUAUUAAAACGAAUAGCUAUCAUUUUUCUUUUAACAAACCCUAAACUAAUUGCAGUUCAUUCGAGUCAAUAAUUGAUAUCUAUUUGUUUGUUUUCUUUUUCUGUUUUUUUCCCUGUUUGACCAGUCCGCAGGGUAACCCCCGCUUCAAUAAAGGGAAGAUUGUACAUAGCCACGCCAAACAAAUAACAUCAUGACAUUAAACUGACAUUUAAAAAUUCUUAUCGAAAACUUAUUUUCUUAUUUACAGACACAAACACUCUCUCAUUUUAUUAUUUAACUAAGUUGGACGCAACAACAACAGGUCCACUGACCAGUCAAACUGUAUUAAUUGAAACGCACGUCCAGUUGGAAAACACAGUCUCAUUAUUAACAAUUCCGAAUAACUAAAGAGUAAAGAAUGGCGCAUUUUUCUGUAGUUUCACUCACCCAAGUUGUUUUGCUGUUGGUUUUCAUCUGCUGGACGACGAGUUCGACUGGCGCUGCCUUUUCCUUGGAGGAAGAAUUCCUACAACUGAAGGAAAAUUAUAUUCAAAUGAAACAAGUCUUGGAAUCGACAGCGAUUGAACUGCGGGCCAAAGUGACUGUACUGGAGGCCAAAGUUGAACAACAAGAUUCGCUUUUAACUUCCUUUUUACGAGAGAAAAAUGAACGCACAGCAGCAGCAGCAACCGACUCUGUUCCAAUUAGCAACAAUCAAUCGGCUGUUGCCAUCCCGGGACUGCCGUCUUCAUGCGGGGAUCUCAAAAUGAUUGGCCACAUUUGGAGCGGAAUUUAUUCCGUCAUGGGAUUGGCGAAAAUGGAAUCCGUUUACUGCGACUUCACUAAACUUCCUAGCGAUGCGGGUUUUCAAAAAUGGAUCGGAUUCGCCGACGUCAAAUCUGCGCCCGUCUAUUUCUACGUCCAGAGACAGAUUUUUUUCAACAAAACAUCAACUCCGAUUCCGUUCGAGUUGGCGUGAGUGAACGAGGGAAACGCCAUGAAUUUGACAUCGGGGAUAUUCACGGCACCGAGACCGGGAAUUUAUUUUUUCUCUUUCGCGGGACUGGCGCGUCUUGAAUCUUCAUCAUCUUCUUGGUUUUAUUCUGAUCUUUAUUUGAACGGGAAAUCAAUUGGGCAGAGUCAUGUUCAAGAGAGAAACCCCCCCGUUGAUCAAUUUAGUCCGUUGACCCAACAGUCGACGCUGAAGUUGAAAACAGGCGAUCAACUUUGGCUGCAGAUUUCUUAUAAUGGUUCAUCCUCGUAUUUGGAUGACGACAGUCGUCACUUCACCCAUUUCACGGGUUUCAUGUUGGAGGAGGAAAUUGUCGCGUCCCUUUGAGGUUUCGGGUUCAACAUCCAAAAUCCGCAAAAUCAUCGACGAAACGAAAUUUUGGUGAGGGGAAUUUUAAGGGGAAGGGGAAGAAAAUGCAUUCGACUCUUAUUCAUUAAGGGAUUGGAAUUUCUUUACCAAAAUUGAACUGUGGAUGUAAUUACACUUACUGAAUACACAAACCAAGUUUCAAAAUUC